AUGGUUUCACUUCUUAACAAAAUUCAAGAGGUAUUGAAAACUCUAGCCAAAGGCCCCACAAUUGCUAGAAAUCCAAAGGAGCUUCAAAUUGAAGCGGACAUGAAACGUCUCUUUGUUUUUACCAGCUGCAAUCGUUUGGGGAGGAUUUCCAAGGAGGCAGAUGCGAAGGAGAUCAUUGGAAUGGCUAGUAAAGCUUCUUUUGCUGAUCAGCAGAAACAGGUCCAUGAAAACAUCCAUUUUCAAAUUACAAACUUCUGCAAAGCUAUGAAUGAAAUUCUUCUUCAUAAUGUGACAAAGAGAAGAGAGAAGGAUGAAGCUCCUGCACUAUCAACUGCUGCUACUCGCCAUAGCGGCCUUAGUUUUGCUUUUGAUGAGAGUGGUCCACAUGCUGAUCAUCCUGCUAUACUGGAGACGAGGCGGUUAAAUCAUGCUCAAGUAUCACAGAGUUUAAAGGAUCACAUUGGUUACACACUUGAUGUAAAGCCAUCUCUGAUACCCCAUAAGGAAGCUGGACAAGGUUUGUUUGUAAAUGGUGAGGCUGAUGUGGGCACUGUAAUUGCCAUAUACCCUGGCGUCAUACACAGUCCUGCUUACAAGCAGUAUAUCCCAGGGUACCCAAGAGAAGAUGCCCAGAACCCUUACUUGAUCACUAGAUAUGAUGGGACUGUGAUCAAUGCCCAGCCUUGGGGUUCUGGGGGUGAAAGUCGCGGAGUGUGGGAUGGCUUCACUGUACCAGAAAUCUGGCCUAAUGUGCAAAGUAUUGGGAAAAAUCCAGAGUUGGUCUGGAGGAUGCUGAGUAAGCCUUUGGAAGGUACAGAGGUUGGUCCUAUUGGUGAUGUCUUGGAGCGGAGAAACCCAUUAGCUUUGGCUCAUUUUGCUAACCACCCAGCAAAGGGUAUGUAUCCAAAUGUUAUGAUUUGCCCUUAUGACUUCCCUCUGACCGAGAAGGAUAUGAGAACCUAUAUACCAAAUGUAUCGUUUGCAAAUCCAGAAGAAUUGAAUAAUAGAGGAUUUGACAGUUUUUGGUUCAGAUCCAGUGCCAAAAGUAGUGAAUCCAAUGUUCCUGUUCUCAAGACUCUCGUAUUAGUUGCCACUAGGACACUUUGUGAUGAAGAAGUUCUACUAAAGUACAGGUAG